AUGAAGGAGCACAGAUUAUAUGUUCCUAAUGACGAGGCAUUGAAGAAUGCAGUUUUAGAGAAGGCUCACAGUUCUUCAUAUUCUAUACACCCAGACGAAAUGAAUAAGACAACAAAGUUUUUACCCGUCAAAGCCACUUCUACCCCUGAUCAGCUGGCCAAGACAUAUGUUGACAAAGUUGUAAGCCAGUUUAGGGCUCCGGUAUUGGUUGUAUCAGGCAGGGAUCUGAGGAUCACCUUAAACUACAACUCUUGUAUCAGAAUGGCUCCAUAUGAAGCUUUAUAUGGAAAACCUUGUAGAAUCCCUGUCUGUUGGAAUGAAGUAGAAGAAAGAAAACUAGUAGGGCCAGAGUUAGUACAGAUAACUUCAGACAAUGUUAAGCUAAUAAGAGAAAAUCUGAAAAUGGCUCGAGACAGACAGAAGAGCUAUGCAUAUAAAAGAAGAAGAGAAUUAGAGUUUGAGAUCGGAGAUCGAGUGUUUCUACGGCUAUCUCCGUGGAAGGGGAUACUUAGGUUAGCAGCUUACAUAUUUGCAUUACCUACUGAGUUAUUCAAGAUACAUGAUGUGUUCCAUGUAUCUAUGUUGAAGAAGUAUGUUCCAGAUCCUACUCAAAUGCUCCAAGAUCAACCAGUACAGUUGAAGGAAAAUUUAUCGUACGAAGAGGAACUAAUUCAAAUUCUAGACUAG